GCAGGCAGCGGGCGCAUGUUGGCGGCGGCGGGGAGCGCCAGCGGUGGCAGCNAGCAGGCAGCGGGCGUGAUGCCGGCGGCGGGGAGCGCCGGCGGCGGCGACACGUCCAGCACAGGCGAGGAGGAGCAGAUGCGGCGCCUCUUCCAGACGUGCGACGGCGACGGGGAUGGAUACAUUAGCAGAAAUGACUUGUUGAUGGUCUGUCGCCAAUUGAAUAUGGAAGAGUCUGUGGCCGAGAUCAUGAACCAGUUGGGCGCAGAUGAACAUGGGAAGAUUUCCUUUCAGGAUUUUACAAGGUGCCGCAUGCAGCUCGUUCGAGAAAUUAGGAAGGAGGAAGUAGGUCUUUCUGAGAAGUCAGACAACUCCUGUAAAAAGAAGACGCUGAGGGAUAGAAUUGCGUCCUGGCCCACGAGCAGCGACAACAGUUUGGGUGCCCUGUCAGCAGCCAGGGAGAGCUGGGAGUACGACUCGGGUGCCAGGGACCUCCAGAGCCCGGACUUGCAGGGUCAGUGGGCGCUGCAGAAGCUUCUCGAAUACGGCGGACGCUCUUUGCAUCCGCAGGCUGCCAUCCUCCACACAUUGCUUGCACGGUCACGGCAUUUGGGCAGCUCUGUAGGAGGAAGCUAUCUGGAGCUGGCCAACACGCUCCACUUGGCAGCCCUGGCAUCACUCAAGGGAGAUAUAGUGGAGCUGAAUAAACGUCUGCAGCAAACGGAGCGGGAACGAGACCUUCUGGAAAAGAGAUUAGCCAAGGCACAGUGUGAGCAGUCCCACCUCAUGAGAGAACAUGAGGAUGUCCAGGAGCGAACGACGCUUCGGUACGAGGAGCGCAUCACGGAACUCCACAGCAUCAUUGCUGAGCUCAAUAAGAAGAUAGACCGCUUGCAAGGCACCACCAUCAGGGAGGAAGAUGAGUACUCAGAACUGCGAUCAGAACUCAGCCAGAGUCAGCAUGAGGUCAACGAAGACUCUCGAAGCAUGGACCAAGACCAGACCUCUGUCUCCAUCCCUGAAAACCAGUCCACCAUGGUCACUGCUGACAUGGAUAAUUGCAGUGACCUGAACUCAGAGUUGCAGAGGGUGCUGACGGGGCUGGAGAAUGUCGUCUGCUGCAGGAAGAAGAGCAGCUGCAGCCUGUCCGUGGCCGAAGUGGACAGGCACAUCGAGCAGCUCACCACGGCCAGUGAGCACUGUGACUUGGCCAUCAAGACAGUCGAGGAGAUUGAGGGGGUACUUGGCCGGGACCUGUAUCCCAACCUGGCUGAAGAACGGUCUCGUUGGGAGAAGGAGCUGGCCGGGCUGAGGGAAGAGAAUGAGAGCCUCACCGCCAUGUUGUGCAGCAAAGAGGAGGAGCUGAACAGGACCAAGGCCACCAUGAACGCCAUCCGGGAGGAGCGGGACCGGCUCCGGAGGCGGGUUCGAGAGCUUCAAACGCGACUACAGAGCGUACAGGCCACCGGGCCCUCCAGCCCUGGCCGCCUCACUUCCGCCAACCGCCCAGUGAACCCCAGCACCGGGGAGCUGAGUACAAGCAGCAGCAGCAAUGACAUUCCCAUUGCCAAGAUUGCCGAGAGGGUGAAGCUGUCGAAGACCAGGUCCGAGUCUUCGUCGUCGGACCGGCCGGUCCUGGGAUCAGAAAUCAGUAGCAUAGGGGUGUCCAGCAGCGUGGCGGAGCACCUGGCCCACUCUCUUCAGGACUGCUCCAACAUCCAGGAGAUCUUCCAGACACUGUACUCACACGGAUCUGCCAUCUCGGAAAGCAAAAUUCGAGAGUUUGAGGUGGAAACGGAACGGUUGAAUAGCCGCAUCGAACACCUCAAAUCCCAAAACGACCUCCUGACCAUAACCCUGGAAGAAUGCAAAAGCAACGCUGAGAGGAUGAGCAUGCUGGUGGGAAAGUAUGAGUCCAACGCCACGGCGCUGCGGCUGGCCCUGCAGUACAGUGAGCAGUGCAUAGAAGCCUAUGAACUCCUCCUGGCACUGGCCGAGAGCGAGCAGAGCCUCAUCCUGGGGCAGUUCCGGGCAGCCGGCGUGGGGUCCUCCCCUGGAGACCAGUCCGGGGAUGAAAACAUCACUCAGAUGCUCAAGCGUGCUCACGACUGCCGGAAGACAGCUGAGAAUGCGGCCAAGGCCCUGCUCAUGAAGCUGGAUGGCAGCUGUGGAGGCGCCUUUGCCGUGGCCGGCUGCAGCGUGCAGCCCUGGGAGAGCCUCUCCUCCAACAGCCACACCAGCACAACCAGCUCCACGGCCAGUAGCUGCGACACGGAGUUCACUAAAGAAGAUGAGCAGAGGCUGAAGGACUACAUCCAGCAGCUCAGGAAUGACAGGGCCGCGGUCAAGCUGACCAUGUUGGAGCUGGAGAGCAUCCACAUUGACCCCCUCAGCUACGACGUGAAGCCCCGGGGGGACAGCCAGCGACUGGAUCUGGAAAACGCCGUGCUGAUGCAGGAGCUGAUGGCCAUGAAGGAGGAGAUGGCCGAGCUGAAGGCCCAGCUCUACCUCCUGGAGAAGGAGAAGACGGCCCUGGAGCUGAAGCUGAGCACGCGGGAGGCCCAGGAGCAGGCCUACCUGGUGCACAUCGAGCACCUGAAGUCCGAACUGGAAGAGCAGAAGGAACAGCGCGUGCGGUCCCUGAGUCCCGGCGGCGGCGGCGGCAAGGACAAGUCCGGCAAGGAAUGUGCUGAUGCUACCUUCCCCGCUCUGUCACUGGCUGAACUAAGGACAACGUGUAGCGACAGCGAGCUGGCUGCGGAGUUCGCCAAUGCCAUCCGUAGAGAAAAGAAGUUAAAGGCCAGAGUUCAAGAGUUGGUGAGCGCCUUGGAAAGACUGACCAAGAGCAGUGAAAUCCGACACCAGCAAUCAGCAGAGUUUGUGAAUGACCUAAAGCGAGCCAACAGCAACCUGGUGGCUGCCUAUGAAAAAGCAAAGAAGAAGCAUCAAAACAAACUGAAGAAGUUGGAGUCUCAGAUGAUGGCCAUGGUGGAGAGACACGAGACCCAAGUGAGGAUGCUCAAGCAAAGAAUAGCGCUGCUGGAGGAGGAGAACUCCAGGCCGCACACCAACGAAACUUCACUUUAACCGGCGCUUGCGCGCCAAAGCUCUGCCUGUGGAAGCUGAACUCUGGCAGGUCGCCGGGGAGCGACAGGCCCCGGGAGCCGGAGCACCUGGUGGAAGAGUGACAGAAGACAAGGUUGGCAGGUAGGUCAGCGCCUGCACCAUGGAGCACCAUGGAGCACCACGGACUCAGCUCCGGGGACAAGUGGCCUGGCGACACCGUGCAGACUCUAGCCAGAGGAUUCUGUUCCUCCUCUGGGCCCAUGGCCGGCGUGUAAAGACCCGCUCUGUGCGCCACGCCGGGAGCCUUGCUUCUGUCUCCCGCGGGUGGCCACCCUCCCACGCGCUCCGCUCUGGAGCCUGUGCAGCAGUGGCACCCUCGGCGUUGGUUUUGUAAGACUGUCGCUUCUUCUCUUUUUGGUAGUGACCGGACCUCUGUCACCCCCAGUUGCUUCUGUUCUUCAGGGAUAAACACUGACGUGUGGGAGUGCGGACGGGGUGUCUUCAGCCUCUAGAACUGCGGAUUUGCUUACUACAAGCAGGCUUUGGUUUUUGGGACCCACGCACCAGCUCUGAGACACAGGCUGUCGCUCAGAGGUGCUCUGAGAGGUAGAUUACAGGGGGAUGGGACACAGGGUUACAGUCCCAGGUACAUUCGAAGUUACAGGGACAGCAACCCCAGGGCUUACGCCUGAACAGCUCUUUGGGAGAACGAGCACUUCUUUCACCUCUCACUGUGGAGGCAGGGCCGGAAGGGUGCUUUCUUCCGACUGUGGGAUCUCCCUCCCAGGGAGCCUUAGUAAAGCCAAGACUUGGAGCGGAGAUGAUCCUGUUGGUACGUACGCCGGAGCUGGACUUUUAUCCAGAGUCUCAAGGGCAGAGGAGCGCCGGCAGAACUUUCGCCCACCCCAGGGCACCACGUAGUGGCUGUUCUGCAGCAAUCAAAAUUCAUCCACAGGGGUACCUUCAAGCUCGAAACCUGCCUCCGUUUCUCUGCGGGCGAGAGGCAGGACGCGGAGUGUUCUGCAGGCUGACCCCACCUAUUUAAGAGACGGCUACUGAACCACCAGUUCAAGACUUCACUCCUGCUGUUACGAGAGGCAGGGGGCGAAGGAGUGGUCGCCGAGGCCUCCUUUUAUCCUGCAACCGCCCUCCCCCAAAGUGCUGGUUAGCAUAUGGUACUUAAACAGGUUAAAUUUCAAGCAAAAUGCUGGCAGGGCUGGGCCAGGACCAAAGUACCUGAAUUCUUUCAGGAAGCCUUCCAUCUUCAAUUCAUCACUCCGCUGCCCGUCUUUCAGUUCUUCUAUACUUACCCCACCCUGAUGCAGUUUAAAGGGCCACUUGCCUUUCAUUCUAUAGUACUUGAAGAGCCACCCGCAGUCCCCCCAAGAAUUACAUCCCAAAGCCAGAGUUCACAAAGUUUUGUUUAUGACCAGGUCACAUGAGAGUCCCAAUGUCCAUGACCUGAAGAUCUGCUUCCAGGCAACCUGAUACAAGGUCCUCAGCUUUCUGUGCAACGGAGGCCACUCCGGCCACCGCCCUGGAGGGCAGAGCAGCUGGAGCAGUUCUAUCCCAAAAGCAACCACUCUUCUUAGGCCAGCAGUAAGGCUGCCCAUCUUCCCCAAAAAGCCACCCCAAACCAAAAAAAACUGUUAUCAGUCUGGAAGGCAGCUUUUGGCUGCUUUGAUCACUGUGAAAGUGCCCACUGGCUCCUGUUUUUGUUACAAAUCUACCAUUUAGUCAAAGUUGGUUCUUUUGAUUUUUUUUUUAAGUCAAUUUUUACUUUUGGAUAAAGUUUCAUUUUGUCAUAAGGAAAACGUGACUGAAAAAAUUAUGUGCAAAAAAAAAAAGUUUAAAAGACAAAAUACUGGUUUUCCCCAUUUUUCCAGUUUGCCGAGGGAGAUGUUUAUGACUGAACAGAUAUCAAAACAGCUUUCAUCUUCACCAACACUGAAAAGUAUAGCUGACCCAGGACUAAAACCCUGUCUGCUAACUUCUGUCUACCAUUCCUGGUCCAAGUAAAAAGAAAAUUCACCCUUUAGGGUCAUGUAACUCUUCCAGACCCAAGAGGUCUCAGCUCCUCCAUUAUAAGCCCCAGUAUUAACUGACCCUACCUGGCCUCCUUUUGAAUUUAUACUUCAACGUAAUACUUCUAAAUAUGUGGUGAUUGGGUGAAAACUAUUUCCCCAGAAAAACUGUUACUUUUAUAAAUGUGUGGAAUUAAAAAAAAAAAA